AACAAUCUAUUACUGUCUGAUUCGCAAUCCAGGUGUAAACCAGGGGAAUGUCUGAUAGGAUCGCCUUAAGGAAUCGCAGAAUAGAACCAGGAGUGACUUACUUAGUGGUGUCCCGUUCGAAAUACAAGUAACAGGAUACACUUAAGGCUCUUCACAAAUAUGGGGGAUGAUCGACCUUUCGUGUGCAACGCCCCAGGCUGUGGACAGAGGUUCACCAAUGAAGAUCACCUCGCUGUUCACAAGCACAAGCAUGAGAUGACACUCAAGUUUGGACCUGCCAGAACGGACUCAGUCAUCAUUGCAGACCAGACUCCCACUCCGACUCGGUUCCUGAAAAAUUGCGAGGAGGUGGGGCUCUUUAAUGAGUUAGCCAGUUCCUUUGAACAAGAGUUCCCCAAAACCCAGGAAGAUGACGACAGCAAGAGAGCUAAGAACCCUCUACCUCCUGCCCAUCCUGCUGCCCUGGACAUGAGCCUACAGACACCAUCUGAGGUGAAGGUGAAGCAAGAGGGGCCUGUUGAGGUGGAUUCCUCUUCUCCCGGGAGCCCUGACUCGGCCUCCAGCAUGUCUGACAGUGACGGGAAUCCCACGGGAAGGCUAGACGGUGAUAAAAACACUGGAGAAGUCAAAGAAGAGAUUCCGCAUGAUGUUGCUCGACUUGUCCAGGAGAGUAACCCAAAGUCAGCAGUGAGUUCAGCCCCUACCCCUACCAUCGUUCGGCCCGGCUCGCUGCCGCUCCACAUGGGUUAUGAUGCCAUACACUCUACUAUGCCCUCACCAACCUCAGUCAUCACACAGGCUCCUCCCUCCAACCGCCAGCUGGGUUCCCCUACAGCGCAGUACCCAAUGAUGAUGCAUCUUCCCAAUGGCCAAGCGGUACCAGUGCUUCCUGGCCCAGUGCAGAUGCCCUCUGUCAUAUCGUUGGCUCGGCCGGUGUGCAUGGUGCCCAACAUCCCCGGUAUCCCUGGCCCCACACUGGGAGGCACCAGCAGCGGCUCCUCGUCCCCCUCUGGAUACAACCACCAUUCAGAGGCCAAAAUGGUAAGACCGCCCCCCAAGCUCCAUUCGUCAGUCUUCUCUCUCUGUGUCUUCGUCUGUUUUUCCAUUCUGUGCACAGAUGGACAUUUGCACAAGGCUAGCAUAGUGACAGUAGGUGUUUUUUAUGUAUACUGUCUUUUUUCCUUUUGAAAUAUAGCUGUUACCAUACUGAGGAAGUUUUAAAGAAUUUGCAAAAUCACAGCUAAGUGAACAGAUAUGGCAAAUAUAAAGGGCGCCGCCAUCGUGAAAUGACUUGUUUUCUUUUGUUGAGUCGUUUCUUUUUGCUCUCCGCUCUUGACGUCAGUGAUGCUGACAGACUUCUGUGUCCCAAGUACUCUACUGGUGUCCAGUUAAUGUUUCCCCUGUCAUACAUAGUGGCUGGUUGAAAGGAUAAGAAGGAUCUUUAGGACAUGUUUCCACGUUGUAUUUUUAAAACCAAAAAAUAAAUCCGUAUUGUUAUCUACAGAACUGAAAACAUAGAAACACUAGUAAUUUUAGCGUUAUUCUUACCAUUUACAAAGUGAUCUCUGCAAACUCUGCCACUGUUAAGGUUGUAAUUCAUUCUUGAUAUUUUGAGCAGUUUAAAUGAUGCCAGCAACCAUUAAAAUGAUCUGUUAAAGUCACCCAUCAAACAAAACCUAAUCUUAUUGGUUAUAUUGCGAAGUAAGUCACAACAGAAUGAUUACGCCUAGUCGAUUGAAUUCUCAUUUAUAAUCGCAUGUUAUCAGUUCCUUCUUGGCAUUGUAUUACAUUCUAACUUCCCUAAAUCUUAAAUAAGCUUCCUAACUAUAGAAUAACAGUUAAACUGUCCUAACUUUAAUUUGCCACCACAUAGUGUGAGCUAUAGCUAAAGUUACUUUAUCCGUAUGGGCGCCCCUUUAUUGCUUUUACACAAGUGAAAUAUAAGGACAUAACGAUAAAAAUGAUAUAUAUUGCAGCCUCAUUUUAAUAUAUCAUGGAAAUGAAUUGCAGUAUUCCCGUGGUUUCAGU